GCGGAGGGGGCGGGAAACUGGUCUCUUCCGGCUGUGGCGCUCCGUGUGUUGUUAUGAACGGUGGAAGCCGAGGAGCUUCUGAAUAUACCUGAAGUCAUGAAGCAGCUGCCCUCUGACACGGUGCGCCUGCUGUCCAGCUCCCAGGUCAUCACGUCUGUGGUGAAUGUCGUCAAAGAGCUGAUUGAGAAUUCCCUGGAUGCUGGAGCUACAAGCGUUGAUGUUAAACUGGAGAAUUUUGGCCUGGACCGCAUAGAGGUGCGUGAUAAUGGGCAAGGAAUCAAAGCUGUAGAUACUCCUGUGAUGGCUGUGAGACAUUUCACCUCAAAGAUCUGCAGCCAUGAAGACCUGGAACGUCUGGAAACAUACGGCUUCAGAGGGGAGGCGCUGGGCUCCAUUUGUGCCGUGGCUGAGGUGGCUGUUACCACAAAGACAGAGGAGGAUGAAAUCAGCACCCAGUACACACUGGACUUGACAGGAAAAAUUGUUUCCCAGAAGCCGUCUCACUUGGGUCAAGGUACAACAGUGAGUGUACUGAAGCUUUUUAAGAACCUUCCAGUGAGACGUCAGUGUUUCUCCUCCAACAAGAAGUGCAAAGAGGAGCUGAAGAAGGUGCAGGAUCUGCUGAUGGCCUAUGCUAUCGUCAAACCAGAGCUGAGACUCAUGCUUGUUCACAAUAAGGUGGUCCUUUGGCAGAAAGCCAAGGUGGCCGAUAACAGAAGCGCCCUCCUCGCUACGCUGGGGCCCGGUGCUGUUGCCAACCUGAUCCCUUGCCACCAUCACCAGGAGCAACCAGAGAUUCUUUUGGAGGGCUUUUUCCCGAAGCCUGGAGCUGAUUACUCCUCUACGAGCUCAUCCAACCCUGACAAAACUUUCAUAUUUGUCAACAGCCGGCCAGUUCAGCACAAGGAGAUAAUGAAGUUGCUGCGUCAGCACUAUACUGCUCAGUAUGCAGAUGACCAAGCCAGAAAUCGAUAUCCCACCCUCAUGCUUAAAAUCUCGGUUCCACCUUCAUCGGUGGAUGUUAAUCUGACACCAGACAAGACCCAGGUUCUUCUUCAUAACAAGGAGACUGUGUUGACUGCAGUAGAGGCAUUGCUGGUUUCUCUCUAUGGAUUUCGGCCUAGCACUGAUCUCCCAGUCGACAAACACCUCAGCUGUGAGCCAUUUCCCUCACCAUCUAGUCCUUUGCAGACUGACAGUGAGCGAAGUGCAGAGACUGGUCACAGCAAUGAUAACCUACUCAAAGAUGGACCUAAGCAAUCGAGCGCUGACACCUCGCUGGAUCGCCAGGCCUCAAACUGCAGCUCUUCUUCCUCUAUAGCAGACGACUGGAUUGUAAAUCAGAUCCCAGCUGAUCUUGAGUCCAACUUUUCUCUUAAUGGUGAUGAAAUGUCUCAGACGGUGACAGCUUCAACAAGUAAAUCCCCAGAGAGACUUGUGGACAAUGAAGUGUCAGCUGCAGACACAAUCAAAGACCAAAUUUCGGCCGAGGACUGGAGCCGGGGGACUGCUCUGACCGACCCCGUAUCAGGAGAACCCCUGCAGCCCAUCAUAAUUCAUCAACCUACAAAGCAGAAUCAUUCUGACCCAGAUGAGGUCAAGAGUGAGAGCAGCGCAAGCAAAAAGACAUUAAACGCCAUCACGGAGAAGCGAGCUGCCCUGACGGCCUACGACCUGAUCAGCAACCGCACCUUGAGGGCACCGCUGUCUCCCGCUGCCCUUUUUGAGAAGGAGGCCAGAGCCGAGGUCCUGAGAGAGAAACCCACAGCCAGCCUGCAGGACAUCAGCAUCGCCGUCCAUGAGAGGUGGAAAAAUUUGAGGGAGGAAGACCGUAAGAAGUAUGAGGAGAAGGCAAAGAAGCACCUGGAACAUCAUGAACAAAGGACCAAGUUGGCCUCAGCUGAGGGCCUCAGAGAGCCUGGUGUGAGGAUCCAUGUGCAGGGUCAGAAACGUAAGGCCCCGUUAUCCAACCAGCAGCUGCUGGAUGAGCUCUUCGCCGUUCAGCCCCAGAAGAAGGUGAAGAACCCUGCGCCUAAGCCCUCACAGCCCCUCCCCUGCAGCGUGGCUGCCCUCCGGCUGCAGCUUCAGCGCCUCUCAUCCCAGAGCAGCGCAGCACCGCAGGGCCUCCGUCUUGUAAACCGGCUGGCCUCUCAGAGCGCCUGGGUCAUUUUAUGUGGUCAGAGGCUCAUGUUGUUAAACCCAUUUCGAGUGGAGGAGGCUUUGCUGUUUAAGAGACUUCUAGAGAAUAACAUACUUCCAGCAGCGAGACUGCAGAACUCUAUACAGUUAACAGAUGGAAGCCUUGGAGGAGCUGAAUACACAGAGGCUUUGUGCAACAUGGAGAAACAAAGCUCAGAGCUGAACGGAGCCGCCCUCUUUUCUGAUCCCAGGCUUGUGGCGAAUGGCUUUAAAAUCAAACUCACUCCAGGCGUCACGUCAGCCGAGAGACAUCUGGAAGUGACAGCAAUGGCAGACUGCGUGCCUUUCCUCGGUGUGGAGGACCUCAGGGAGAUCCUGACUGCAGUUCUUCACAGGAAGGCCAGGACUGUGCGGGAGUGUCGGCCACUGAAAGUCAGGAACUAUCUACAAGGUGAAGCAGUCCGACUUGCCCGUCAGCUGCCUGUGAAUUUAUCCAGAGAAGAUGUGAAGGAAACCCUCCUGCGGAUGCAACAGCAGCUGGGUGACACCAACCAGACCUGCAUCCACGGACGACCUUUUCUUCAGCAUCUGACUGACAUCCCUGCCACAGACCAGGAAGUAAAGGCUCUACUGAGACCUUUAGAGCUCUAACAAACUGACAGUAUCUAUAAAAGCAGCCUCGUUGUAAUGCAAAUGAUUGUUCUCAAUUUGUUACAACUGGAACACAUAAAAUAAACAUAUUUUUCCAUA